CGGUACCCGUUUCCCCGGCCUGGGGCAGGGGCAGGGGCAGGAGGGAAGUUCUUUCUGCGAUGCAUUAGGUGAAUUACGGUAGCGCAGGGGUGCACCUCCCACCUCCCCUGUCAAGAAGCGUGUCUGUAUCCGUGUGUGUCCUGGGGGGGAGGCGGUGGCCCUUUAAGAGGGAGGGGCCUGGCCUCACCUGGGCCAGGUGUGACCUGUGCGGCCAGAUGGAGCUAAUCCCCGAGCCGAGCCGGAGCGGGGGCUGCUGGGAGUCGCGGAGGACAGCGCGGACCUGGGGGUCACAGCUGAUCCCGCUCAUCAGCUUCAUCGGCCUGGGCAUGGGCAGCGCAGCGCUGUACCUGCUGCGCCUGGCGCUCUAUAGCCCCGAUGUCAGCUGGGACCGGAAGAACAACCCCGAGCCCUGGAAUAAGCUGGGUCCCACUGACCAGUACAAAACUGGCCCCCACCAAUGA